AUGUCUGUUUUAGUUACCGGGUGUACCGGAUUCAUUGCUCAGUAUAUUGUUCGUGAUUUGUUGCAACAAAACUAUAAGGUUAUCGGUACUGUAAGGUCUGAUGCCAAAGGUGAUAACUUGAAAAACUUGUUCAACAACAAUCCCUCCUUCGUCACUGAGGUUGUGGCUGACAUUGCUGCUCCCAGUGCAUUUGACCACGUAUUUGAAAAGUAUAGCGACGAGAUAAAAGUGGUGCUUCACACCGCUUCUCCUUUCCAUUUCAAUGCGAAGGACUACGAGAAGGAGUUGUUGAUUCCAGCUAUUCACGGUACAAAGAGCGUUUUGGAGUCAAUCAAAAAGUAUAGUGCUCAGACUGUCGAACGUGUGGUCAUUACUUCGUCUAUCGCGGCUGUGAAAGACCCUCUGAAGAGUGCCGAUAAGAACUUCGUGUACGACGAAGACAGUUGGAAUCCAGUUACAUGGGAAAGUUGCCAGCUCAACCCACAGGACGCUUAUAGAGGGUCUAAGAAGUUUGCUGAACAAGUGGCUUGGGACUUCCUAGAGGAGAAUAAGGGGGUUCUUAAAUACAAGAUGGCCACAGUGAACCCUUCCAUGAUCUUUGGCCCCCAGCUCUUCGAUCAAAAUGCCACUGGAGUACUCAACACCUCGGCAGAGGUAAUCAAUUCUCUUUUGCACUCCGGUCCUGAGACCGAUCUCAGCAACUUGAAGAAUGACUUUGUUGACGUCAGAGAUGUAUCGAGGGCCCACCUGCUCGCUUUCCAAAUGGACGAAACCGUAGGUCAGCGUCUCGGCUUGUCUGCUGGUCAAUUUAAUGGUCAAGACAUUGCUCAAAUAUUGAAUGAGCGCUUUCCUCAGGCGCAAGGAACCCUGCCCAAGGUCACCGGUGAAGGAGCAAACAAGACUGAGCCGUAUGCCAAAUUUGACAAUUCAAGAACCAAGAAAAUCCUCGGCUUCGAUUUCAAAAGUCUCGAAGAAACUGUCUACGAUACCGCGGCGCAGAUUCUAAAAGUUGAGGGUAAAGUUUAG